CAUAACCUUAUUAUUGUGCAUUUACAAUUUACUUUAUAAAAACGAAUACCUAACUUAAAAUAUUUGGGACUAAAACUUACUCAUUUCCCGCUAAUUAAGAAUAAGUAAAGCCAUGAUUAAGUUAACACUCUUGAAAGACCAUAUAUUGGUGUAUGACGUAGAAGACUGGAUAUCUUUACGAAAAAAACACCGUAUUGUGGGUAAUAUUAUUGGAAAUACCCAGUUCAUACCUUCCUUACCUACUAAACUACUACCAGAAGAAGCUCUAUUGUUACUUAACAAAAAUCUUGCGGCGUUAUAUGAGUAUGAAGACGUCUCUGAACCAAGUACAGACCAGAGCUUACAGGCCAAAUUUGAAGAGACUGUGCUAUAUGUCCAACAAGAGGAGUAUAAAGAACAUAGAAAAUUGCAGAUAGGUUCUAUAAUAGAUACAAUUUUUGAGAAAAAGAGGGCAGCAGGUGAUAAAAGAACUAAAGAUGAAAUGCUUAAAAAUAUGGUCGAUAGCUCCUCGAGUAUAAAUAAAAACAACAUGUUAUGGCCUAUAUUUCUAAAAGACAAUACAAGUGUUUCAAAACUGAUCUCUAAAGAGACAAUAUUACCAUUAACAACACCUUUAAGAACAGCUGUGUUUCAAGACUUAUGGGAAAAAGGUUAUUUUAUAACAAAUGGUGAAAAGUUUGGUGGUGACUUCUUAGUUUACUUCGGAGAUCCUGUAGUACAUCAUGCUAUAUUUAUUGUAAGAUGUAUUGAACUUGAAACCACUUUUUUACCAAAAGAACUAGUCGCUUUUGGAAGGCUGGGAGUGUCAGUUAAAAAGCGAGCAGUCUUUGCCUCGAUUAAAAACAGCAACAUUAGUUAUAUAACAUUAAAUUGGAUAGACGCAUAA